AUGCUUAACUUGGCCAAACUUCUCUCUCACCGAGGCCACAUAGUCACCUUCGUCAACACACACCACAACCAUAGUCGCCUCCUCCAAUUCUCAGACUUUUCAUCGUUCCACGCUCAAUUCCCCGCCUUUCACUUUGCAUCCAUCACGGACGGCGUGCCCCAACACCUUCCUGCGAACGAGUUCGAGCUCAUAAUAUCUCCGACCAGCAGGUCCAAGGUUGCCCAAGAAUUCCGAGAACUGUUCUCGAGCCUUGUCGAGAAAAACUGUCGGUGGGACCCACCUUCUUGCGUAGUAUCCGAUGGGUUGAUGUCGACGAUUGCCAUGGAUGCUGCUCGAGAGUUCGGGGUUCCGGUCAUCGCUUUCCGAACCUACAGUGCCACUGCCACGUGGGUUUCAAUCCACGUCAGCCAAAUUAUUCAAGAGGGUGUUGUGGAUCUGCAGGAUCAAGGUGCUUCUUUCAGUGUUGCAAUUUCUGCGCAGUUGCAUCCCCCUCCUGAGAACACCAAACUUGCUACCAUUGAGGUCGUCCAGGCUCAGCUCUCUGGGAUCAGUUUCCCAGCGAAUAUCUUUGACACUGCAACUUAUCUUGCACAUGGGUAUACCCGUAAGAAUUUUGCUGUAGCGGUGAAGGUGUUCACUGAGUACACCGAUCCUAUCCGUCUCGAGGAGGUGUGUGAACUGGGUCGUGGGGCCAGGUGCUUCGACAUCAUUAGAGGCUACUCCGCGGGUCAGUUCUAUGCUUUCUUACGGUAUCUAAAGUCCGUGCUCAGGCAGGAAGCGUUGGGUAAGCUCAGUUUGCGCGCCAAACUCCGUAAGCGGGGCGCGUUGCACUUUACAGGAGAUGUGCGGCGCACCGGUGAGGCUCGGAUCGCCGAAAUUCAGGCACAGUUAGCCAGAGCUCGACAUGAACUGGAUGAGCAACUUCUUGCCCUUGAGCAAGAAUUUCGACCCGCAAGUAUCUUUCCAGAGUUGGUCCCUGACGACUUUAACCGGACCUGUUGGGAGGCGUAUGUUACUGAUUCUGCCGCUCAGGGGCGUGUCGCGCUCAAACUAACUGAGCCGGAUCUCAUCGCUGCUCAACAAUCUUUUGGUACUGAAGUUCGCCAACAAAUGAUCCUUGAUUUCCUUGACCAGGGGGAUAACCGUGCCAAUAUCUUGGCAUAUGCUCAAUCCACUCCUGGUGGUGCCCUUCCGUCAAUUCUGGAUUGA